GCGCGCCGGGGCAGUUUAUCAGGCAGCGCUCAGGGCAGCCCCGCUCAAGGAGGAGGCCCCCGGGGUCUUUGACGGUGAGCGGCGGGGACGGAGCGAGACAGCGGCCAAGAUGAACCUGGAGCUGCUCGAGUCCUUUGGACAGAACUAUCCCGAGGAGGCUGAUGGGACGCUGGACUGUAUCAGUAUGGCUUUGACGUGUACCUUUAAUAGGUGGGGCACUCUGCUUGCUGUGGGCUGUAACGAUGGCCGCAUUGUCAUCUGGGACUUCUUGACAAGAGGCAUAGCUAAAAUCAUAAGUGCCCAUAUCCACCCUGUCUGUUCUUUAUGCUGGAGUCGAGAUGGUCACAAAUUGGUGAGUGCUUCAACUGAUAACAUCGUAUCACAGUGGGAUGUUCUGUCUGGAGACUGUGACCAGAGGUUUCGGUUCCCUUCACCCAUCUUGAAAGUUCAGUAUCACCCCCGAGACCAAAACAAGGUUUUGGUGUGUCCCAUGAAAUCUGCACCAGUGAUGCUAACGCUGUCUGAUUCAAAACAUGUUGUUCUACCUGUGGAUGAUGACUCCGAUCUGAACGUGGUGGCCUCUUUCGACAGGCGAGGAGAAUAUAUCUACACAGGCAAUGCCAAGGGGAAGAUCUUGGUCUUAAAAACAGAUACUCAGGAUCUGGUUGCUUCCUUCAGAGUAACAACUGGAACCAGCAACACCACAGCUAUUAAAUCAAUAGAAUUUGCCAGGAAAGGAAGCUGCUUUUUAAUAAAUACAGCUGACCGAAUAAUCAGGGUAUAUGAUGGUCGGGAAAUACUAACCUGUGGGCGAGAUGGAGAGCCUGAGCCAAUGCAGAAGCUUCAGGAUUUAGUAAACAGGACCCCAUGGAAGAAGUGCUGUUUCUCUGGGGAUGGGGAGUACAUAGUGGCAGGAUCAGCACGGCAGCAUGCCCUGUACAUCUGGGAGAAGAGCAUUGGAAACCUAGUGAAAAUCCUCCAUGGAACCAGAGGGGAGCUGUUGCUCGAUGUAGCAUGGCAUCCUGUCCGACCAAUCAUCGCUUCCAUUUCCAGUGGUGUUGUGUCAAUAUGGGCUCAGAAUCAAGUGGAAAACUGGAGUGCCUUUGCGCCUGACUUUAAAGAGCUGGAUGAAAAUGUAGAGUAUGAAGAGAGGGAGUCAGAGUUUGACAUUGAGGAUGAAGAUAAGAGUGAGCCAGAGCAGACAGGUGCUGAUGCUGCAGAGGAUGAGGAAGUGGAUGUAACCAGUGUAGAUCCUAUUGCUGCCUUCUGUAGCAGUGAUGAAGAACUGGAGGACUCCAAGGCAUUGCUGUAUUUACCUAUUGCUCCUGAAGUGGAAGACCCAGAAGAAAACCCUUAUGGACCCCCACCUGAUGCUGUCCAGACCUCCCUAACUGAUGAGGGAAUAGGCUCCGAGAAGAAGAGGCAGUCGUCAUCUGAUGGACCUCAGCCACCAAAGAAGAAGCCCAAAAUGACCAACAUUGAACUGCAAGGAGUGCCUAAUGAUGAAGUCCAUCCGCUGCUGGGUGUGAAGGGAGAUGGUAAAUCCAAGAAGAAGCAAGCAGGCAGGCCUAAAGGAUCAAAAGGUAAAGAGAAAGAUUCUCCAUUUAAACCGAAACUCUACAAAGGGGACAGAGGUGCUUUACCUCUGGAAGGAGCAGCGAAGGGUAAAGUGCAGGCGGAGCUGGGACAGCCUUUGGCAGCAGGUGGUGCAAUCUCAGAACUGUUAUGAAGACAUUCUGCUUUCUCUUCCUCUGUUCUUUCCUAUGUUGGCACCAUAAUGUGGAAUAUGGACAAGGUGCUCAGUCAGAUAAUGGACUGACUUUAACUUAAUGCAGCAAACUGAUUGCUCGUGGAUGCAGGGAGUGACUUUUAUAAGAAGUGAAUUAUGGAAGAGAAAAUGGCCUUCAUUCCCUCUCCUCAACCCUCUCUCCCACAAACAGUGUAAGAUAAUGACUCUCAGGACAGGAGAUUUGCAAAGAAACUGAGUGGAUGGUCUCCUUACAGCAUUUGCUAAAGUGAAGCACCGUGCUUUCUUCAAGCUAAGAAAUCACUUUCUGUUUAUUUCUUUCAAAGAUUUUUAGUUCUGAAACUGAAGCAUGCCAAGAUUUUUAUUCCCCGGACCAUGUAUCCUCUGACUGUGUAUUUCUAAAAACUUCUAUUUCAUUAACUCUUAUUUCAGUGGAUUGUUGUUUCUUUCUUCUCUGCCAUCUCUACAGUAUUUAACAGUGAAUUAAAAGAAAAUCUGUUAAUAUCUUCA